UACCUUACCCAUUCUUCAAGGUUUUCUGGCAAAAAAAAAGAUAGAGAAAGAAAUCCAAACCGAAGGUUGUGAAAAUGGCAAGCAAAUCCAUGGUUAUGGCUUCAUCAUUGACCGGAGAAGUCUUCGAAGCCAUCGACGUCUACGUCUCCGACUCUGACUCCGACUCGUGGGAGGUUGUCGAACCGUCCGAUUCCGAUGACGGAAACUUCUCUUACGGUGACGUCACCUCCGAUGACGACGAAGUGGUGGCGGACGUCGACGAUCUACUCCAACAGGCUUACGGAUCUCCGUCGCCUGACAUAUCUUUGCAGUCUUUAGUAGAGGAAAUCACUCACCACUGUGAGGAAGUUAAAGACGCGUAUGAAAUCGAUGAUCUCCGUCACGUAAUCGUGGAGGAUGAUGGUCGGAUCGACGGUGCAUAUGAUCCGUACGAAGAGGAUGCAGAUGAGAGUGAAGAAGAAAUCGACGAUGAUGAUGAUCAUGAUGAUUUGGACGACGAAUUGGUGCCGAAAUAUUUGAACAACAAAUUCGAGCGACAGAGGAUGAGGAAAUUGGGGAAAAGGGCGUAUCCAAAGAUGAAAAAAUCCAAACGGGUCGCUAAUCAGUUCAACAAACCUGGAUGUGUUCGUGGAAAGCAUGGAUUGGGUUUGAAACACAAUCUCAUCCGGUAAACAAAUCGAUCUGAUUUCAUGUUUUAUUUGAACCGAUCUGAUCAUCAUCUUUGUUAAUUUGAAAUGUACAGCAGUUAAUUAGGGUUAACGGGUUGUUCUACAGUUAGGAUUAGGAUUUGAAGUUGGUUUCUUUUGGAUCUUUGAAUGUAUAUACGGAUCAUUUAAUCAAAAAUCAAAAUGCAAUCUGAUUUCGCGUA